CCUGAAGGACACAGUGGCCUCUAUUUGAACUCGGCUGCCUGCUCACUCUUCACCUUCGAUCUUCAACCACUCUCUCCCAACACGAAUCUCUUGUGCAGUCCAAUCCUGCGUUACCUUCUCUGUUAUUGUCCUCCACUUUUAUUCAGUCCGUGGUCCUGCCUGACCACGAUGCCUCCGCGUUAAGGAUACGUGGUCACUUGGACCGACCAUAAUAACAACCCACACGAGUCCUCCAAAUACUCUGGCAUCUAUCAUCCAUCACUCAGACUUCGCCGCCAAACCACCUCGCCGCCAUCAUGAGUGAUUCGAGCAGUGUCGUCGAUCCGUCUGUGCUAAGUGCAUGCGGCUACGAUCGGUACCCUAGUCCUUGCAGCACGCUGGAUGACCAAGAAUCGAGCCAACCCCCCUCAGAUCAGCCUAACAAGAAGAAGCGGAAGGCAUGGGGACAGCCAGUACCAGAAAUCAAGCAGAUCCUCCCUCCACGUAAACGAGCCAAGACGGCAGAGGAGAAGGAACAGAGAAAGAACGAAAGAAUUCUACGAAACAGAAGAGCUGCCGACAAGUCUCGACAGCGCCAGAAGGCGGCCGUGGCUGAACUCGAAGUCCGGCAACAUCGCAUCGAACAAGAAAACGCCUCGUUGCGAGAACUCUUGUGUCGCUACCAGUCGCGAUUCGGUGUCCAGUCCGACUUCCCAACCCCAGUCCCAGCUGAAGAGUCGGCUGUUCCCGACCUAGACUCAGGCUCCUCGCCAUCAGACAUGAAGAGCAAUGUACCAUUAACACCCUCGGAAUACCAAACCCCCGAACCUCAAUCCAAUCAUCCCACCCUCGUCCACUCGGACGAUACGACUCCCGUCAAGCACGAGUCACCAGUUCUGGCGCCUCAGCUGAACAUCAUCAACGAACACUACGAUGAUGCGCAGGCCAGUUCGAUGCACGCGUAUCAAAGCUUCCCCACCGUCUCCGGUUUGACACAAUAUCCUGCAGUGUCAACCGGAGACAUGGGCUAUAAAGCUGCCUGCGUUCCCAUCCAGCCAGAUGACCAACUUUGGGCUCAGCUACCUCCUACAAAUCUUUCAGACUUUGACGAUAUUUCAAACCUUCUCAACGACAACGCUCUUGCCGAUCUGCAAUCUCUUCCGGAUUUUGGCACAGAAAUUGUCCACGACCUCGACGGAACAGGAUUUUUCGACAAUCCUCUCCAACUUCCCUCUAAUUCAUUCUUUGAUUUCGAUGCCUUCGACACCGACCAGACCUGCGGUCUUCCGCAUGAAGCUUCUGAGCCGACUCCUAGCAUGCAGCCCACACAUGGCGCGCCUAUUACUGGCAGCGACAGACCGGGCUUUGCAGCAAGUAGUUAGCGAGGAUGGUUUCGCCGAGGACCCAGAUCGUCGGUGGACAUGGUCGAGUCUAAUGACCAUCAAGUGGACGAUAUUGAGGUUAGAGAAGGAACAUCGGAAGAUACGACGUCUGGUUUGGAUGACAUCGGAGGAAGUCUCGGAUGCCAAUGUAAUGGUGGGCGUUGAUCACAAAGCGGUAGCCAGGAAUUCACAGCUUUGGCAUGGCACGAAAGCAAAUUGUACGAAUAUCAUAGAUGACGGUGGUUGGGUUCAAGUACAGGAGGUUCAUUAAUCGACCCCAGCUUUGGGUGCCUAGGUAGACAUAUUGAAUCAAAAGCCUGAUUUCACGAAUCAUGUCU